AUGAAGUCGUGGUACAUGGCUGACGUGCCCGAGGGUGGCGACCCCCGCGAGCCGUACAUGACUGAUCCCCUGCAAGAGGUCAGCGCGGAGCAGCUCAAGGCGCUCGGCGUGUUGUACUGGCACAUUCCCGUGGAAGAUCACGAGGAAAAGCUCAAGGCGGUCUGCGACGAGCGCAACUAUGCCGCCCAAGACAUGAUCACCUGCUCCCGCGAAAAGCUGCCCAAUUACGAGGAUAAGCUCAAAACCUUUUUCACCGAACAUCUUCACGAGGACGAAGAGAUCCGCUAUGUGACCGCUGGCACGGGUUAUUUUGACGUCCGCUCCAAGGAUGACCGUUGGAUCCGCAUCCAGGUUCAGCCCGGUGAUCUCCUCAUUUUGCCCUCUGGCAUCUACCAUCGCUUCACGCUGGACACGGACAACUACAUUCAAGCCAAGCGACUCUUCCAGGCCGAGCCCAAGUGGACUCCCAUCAACCGGCCCGCCGACGACAAUUCGUUUCGCGUGGAAUACCUCAAAGCUCUCCAAAACUGA